CGAAUUCCUUUAUCGUCCACUGUGCUGAAUGCUCUCUGCAGUUUCGUUCGAUAAGGCGGGGGUUUGCGAAUGAUAGUUUGCAGGUCUCUUUUCAGAGUCGAACGCUUCCUGAAAUAUACAAGUCCAUUUGUCCCACAGCAGCCGGGACUGUAUACUUAUAAGGGUUGGAGCCUGAAUGCGAAUAUGGCUGGUAAAAAAGAAUUCCGGAGGGUUGCUGACCAGAAGAAAGAGCGCAAAACAAUCACUCAAGCAUGGAGACCAGUGUGUACUCAGGCCAGCCUUUCUGAGGAUUUGGUGGUUAAGAAUGAUAGAGUUGAGUCGGUGGAUGGAAGUCGAGUUCAAGAAAUUCAUACCAGUACUGUUAGUGCUCAAAAUGUCGUAGAGGUGGCUGAAGAAAUUAAUGUGGUGACUGACCUAAGUGUUGGUUCAAGUGCCUUUCCAAAUAAGGGUGAAGACACAAACUUGGAGGGUCAAUCUGUGCCUUCCUGUGAGAAGUUUUCAGUGAAACUGGAUGUAGGGAGCUCUCUAAUUCGAUUUGUCAGAGGGAAAGGUGGAUAUACACAGGAAAGAAUUGAAGAAGAGAUGGGAGUCGAGAUUGUGAUUCCAUCAUCUAAGAAGGAAGAAUUUGUUGUUAUUGAAGGUAAUUCAGUUGAUAGUGUAACCAAAGCUUCAGAAAAAAUACAAUCAAUAAUUGACGAGGCAAUUAAAAGCCCGAGUCUUGAUUACUCGCAUUUUGUGUCCCUCCCUCUGGCUAUACACCCUGAAUUAGUCGAGAAGCUUAUUAAUUUCCAGAACUCUAUACUAGGAAGUUCUGAGUCUUGUUUAUAUGAGGCGGAGGACAGCGAUACUAAUGAAGAUAAUACAGACAAUGAAGUUGAGGUUCAAGAUACUGUUAAAGAACCAGAUGUUGCAGUUGAACUUAAAGUGGAUGAUAAACAGGAGCAUGUCAAAGUGAACAUAAAUAUACCUGUCGUCAGUUAUCCUCCUAAAGCUUCAAAGACUUCUACACCAUCUGACUUGGGAAUUGACAAAUCAGUAUUUAUAAAACCUAAAACAUUUCACCUGACGGUACUUAUGUUGAAGUUGUGGAACAAGGAGCGGGUAGAUGCUGCUUCUGAAGUUUUGAGGGGCAUCUCCACUAAAAUAAUGGAUGCAUUGGAUAAUAGGCCAGUACUAGUUAAGCUCAAGGGAUUGGAUUGUAUGAGAGGUUCUUUGGCCAAAGCUCGUGUUCUCUAUGCUCCCGUGGAAGAAAUUGAUGAUGAAGGAAGACUGUUACGUGCUUGUCAAGUCAUUAUCGAUGCAUUUGAUGAAGCUGGACUUGUCCUGGAAAAAGAUGCAAAACAUAAGUUAAAGUUGCAUGCUACUGUUAUGAAUGCAAGACAUAGGAAAAGAAAUAAAAGGAAAAAGAAGUUCGAUUCAUUCGACACUCGUGAAAUUUUCAAGCAGUAUGGGUCAGAGGAGUGGGGUGUGUAUCAUAUUCGUGAAGCUCAUCUCUCUCAAAGAUUUGCAUUUGAUGAAAACGGAUACUACCAUUGCUGCGCUUCCAUUCCUUUCCCUGAAGAACAAAUGCAAGUUGAGUGGUCAUUACCUGUAAACUAAGCUCCAAGCAGAAUCUUCAAGUUAUUAGGAUUUCUUCUGUUUGUAGAAUUUAGCUAUGUAGUUAUUUCAACUUGGUCCUUCUUCAAUACUCCUUUUCUGACAAAGUUUUGAGUAUUUUUAUUAAUUUAACCGAAAUUU